AUGAAGCUAUUAAGGUACCAGACGGUGGUAAGGGUACCAUUCGGUCUGCUUCUACGAAGCAAGAACCAUCGGCCACCAUUACAUCACCACCAUCAGAAUAUCGAAGGAAUAUCGAGAAUACCCAGAAGAUUGGCGUCAGCUGCAAUAUCUUCAGAGACUAAGGGUCGUGUUAAUAGAGGAAGGCAAAGAAUGGCCCGAAAACCAAAAAAUUCAUGCGAGUCAUUGGGUGAGGUUGCCUUUGAUACCCCAAUGCGGUACUCAGAGAUCAAGUUAGUGUUUGGUCAGUAUUUGGAUGAGUUACACUCCGUGGCCCACGUAAUAGACGCUACAGAAGGAGUGAUGUUGAAGAUCGAAGGAAUGAUGAAGAUAAUGGAUAGAAAACAUCAAGUGACAAUGGAGUUGUGGAAUGAGUUGUUUAUGGUGUUACAACAAUAUGUGCUACAGUAUCCUGAUUGUGGGUUUUGGUACUCCAAGGUGUUCAAGCUAAUGUGUUUGGCACGAUAUGGCAGCUUUAUUCCAGUGGAGGCGGAUGUAGAAAGUUUGGAAUAUUCUGUGGCAGUAAUGUUGGGAAAGAUUUUAGGAGAUAAGAAUACGAAAAGCUUGGAUUUUUUAACAAGCUGUGAAACACAAUCAUCCAAAGAUUGGGAAUUGUUUGAUCCGAUCCAAGAACUUACAGGAAUAAUCCUGAGGAAAUUGAAGAGUGGCCAGAAAAUCCUGCUUGAAGAAUUGGAUUUCAAAAACGAUCAUAAUAUCACCAUGCUUUUCAAAACCACCACCACCACCAACAACAACAACAACAACAACAACAACAACAACAACAACAACAACAACAACAACAACAACAACAACAACAAGCAUAAUCGUAACAUCGACGAAAGUUUCAAUGGGUUGAAUAAAAUUAACGAUUUUGAAUUGAGUGCUAGCGAAGUCACCACUUCGUUAACCUCUGAACAAACCACUGAAAUGAUUUUAGUUCCGGCUGCUGUCCGUCGUAAUCUAAGAUAUAGAAAUACUCCGCUACUCACCGACAAUUUAAACAAUUGUCAUUCAGUGGAGCUCCGGCACUUGUUCUAUCAAUUCAUAAAGAAUGUUGAUCAAUCCCCAAUGAACAGCUAUAGAAAAAUCAAUGGGUUGUUCACAUUCUUGACGCAUCAAAUCAGUGAUGCCGACAUUCUACUAAAUGAGUUUUUACAGGGCAUGCUUGUUGAAGUAAAGCAAGGCCGCCGCGUCGACUUCUACCUUGCUUUGUUUAGAGAUUAUAUGAUGAAAAGAUACGGGUCCACAGUAAUCGACAGCUACAGUGAUUUGGAAAAGAAAUUUGUGGCGGAGGUCCAAAUCCGAAACAAGAUGGAAAAUAAGGUUGAAUCAUCUAGGGAUAACAAUAUCGUUGAUGAUAAUGAAGAACGGGCUAGACAAAUCUUUAUGAGAAUGAGAAGUGGUGGAAGAGUGCUGGUGGAACAAAAUGAUUUUAAGGCCGAUCACCAGUUCAUGAGUGCCAGAAAAUCUAAAUGGGCAGGAUCAUUAAACAAUUCCGUCAUCAACUCACAAAUCCUUUGUUCUACUCCACUUAUCAACACGGAUGUGAAUGAAUUGGUGAUUAUAUCUCCAGAAACUAGAAGAGCGGCAAGAAUCCCUAAUCUUGAGCAGUCGUCAAAAUCAUCGGCUGCCAAUGACACUAGGGUAUUCAAAUGGUUUGGUAUUUACCAAGAUUGGAAAAUCGAGAAUCUUCAUUCCCAAGAGCUUGAAUUCUUGUUCAAGGUUGCCACCAUCUACGUUUCUCAAAACCCAGUCAAGUCAGUAAAACUUAUCAGAUCAUUGAUGACAUAUGUCAUUGAAAAAUUAUCUGGUAAUGAGGCAUUGAUUAAUAGAUUUCUUCAAAUCAUGAUUGAUGAUAUACAAGUCAGACCAGAAACUCUGAAGAUGUAUAUUGAAUUGUUCAAUGAAUACUGCCAGUUGCAGUACAAUGGAGUCCCGGAGAUUUCUGAGGAGAAAUAUCCUAUGGAAUAUCGGCUUGUGAAAGCUAUCAGAAAUGUUUUACAGAAAAAAGAUCUGAAACAAAUGAGCACUAUACUACCUCAUUUGGCGGCUGCCAGGAUGUUGCCAUUCGAUGAUGCUGUGGAAUUUAAUGAUAAGUUUGAUUUAUUGCAAGAACAAGCAAGAUUGAUUCAUAUGAAAAUCAAAGAAGGUAAAGAAAAGCUCAAAAUCCAAGAAUUGAAUUUCCGUGCUGACCAAGCUGUGGUAUCUACCGCCAGACUGGGAUGGAGCUCAAAAUGGAAAAACCCUUCCGCCAAGUUAGUUCCACAAGUGGUCAAUUUUGGUGGACCGGCUGCGCUGCUUUUAGGGGAAAAUUGCUGUCAUCCGAUCGUUCUUCUCACUCCAGAGGUUCGUCAAGAAUUGAGAUAUAACCCCCAAUGCCUUGACUUGGCAAGAUCAGUAUUCAAUGGAAUUGCGAUAAAGGAAUUACAUACCCAAGAAAUGGUGAUACUUUUCGAUAAAUUGACUGAACCUCAAAAUAAGCCAAAAUUCGUAUCCCAAAAACUUGACGAAAUGUUGCAUUUCUUGAUGACCAGUGUUAAAACGCCGCAUGUGGUCACACAUCAUAUGAUGAAGAUUUUAGCUGUAAAGAUUCUGGAAUUGAAGAGCCCAGCUGAUAAUAAACAGGGCCAAGAUUCUGUGACCUCGCGGCUUGGGAAACUUGUGGGAAUGUUCAUUGAGAUAUGUAGUUAUCAACAUGGGACUUUGGCAUUCCCUAGCAGAAGAUACCAAUAUGAACAUCUUGUUCUCGAUGCUAUUCGGUUACGUAUUGCCCCUUGGCCACUAGAUGUGGUGAGGUAUGCACUAUCCAGAGAAAAGUUGGGGAUUGAUAAUGUUCAAUACGGACAGUUCUUGUCUUCCAUGCUUUCGAACGCUCAUUUUGCUAGGGACUCAAAAUUAAUGAGAGAGUUUUGGAAAUGGAAACCAGAUGGAUAUAAAACUCCUAGAGAUUUGCUUGUGAUGUUGAAACAUUUAGUUCAGGAUGAAGAUUACAAAGAAGUGGUCAAAUGUGCGAUGAAGUUUGAAGAUUUGCAGGACGAAAAAGUGUUUAAUUACUUGUUGAGAUCCUUGGGGAAUUUGGCUGACUGGAAAUCAUUGCAAGCAUUAUUCGAAGGUUUAUUCAACCAUAAUGAGUUACCAAACAUCGAACAUUAUGGGAUCACCAUGUACGCCUUGUCUUAUAAAGGUAAUUACUCUCAAAACUUGGAACUUUUCAAGAAUAUUAGAUCGCGGAAAAUGAUGCCUUCGACAUUAGUGUACAUGUCAAUGAUCAGAUCAGCUUAUUAUACUGGUAGGUUCAAGGAUUGUAUUAAAUGGUUCACAAAAUACAUGGCAUUCAAGAAAAAAAUGCAUGUAAUGGGAGACUCGGUGAAUAGCGCCCCUGAAGCAACCUUACAUAAAGACUCUGCUCUGGAGUUGAGAGCGGUUUGGACAAUGGUGAUGCAAUCUUAUAGUCGGACGAAACGUCCGGACGUGGUGUUGAAGAUGUUGGAUUUAAUGGAGAAGGAAGAGGUGAAAACCCUUGAUGGAACCCCAUCGACUCCUGAUUUGAAAAUUUAUUCUACUGCAUUGUUUUCGGUGGCAAAUGUUGGUGAUUAUAAGAAAUGUGAACAUAUCAUGGAAACAAUUCGCAAGGAUCCAACCAUUAAACCUGAUGAUGUCUUGAUGUCAAUAUAUAUGAAAGGAUAUUAUAAUGGUGAAAAAUUUAUGAAAGUUGGCGAGAUUUUUCUGGAAUUGCAAUCAAAAUAUAAUGUCGAGCCAGGUCCUAAUACCAUGGCAGUUUUCAUGGCAUCAUUGUUGAAGACUAAACAAAUCAAGAAAUUCGAACAUUAUUUGUACAUUGUUUCUUUAAAGAAAGAGUUUUUGUCUCCGGAUAUAUUUAAAGUCUUUAUCCGUUACUACUGUUUGUUGUACGAUUUCAAACAUGCCAGAAGAGUGCUUGACCGAAUGAGUACUAUGAAAGGAGCGGCACCAACUGAACCUCACUAUUAUGAAAUGAUGCAAGGAUAUAUGAGAGGUAGAGAUUUCCGAGGAGUGAUUCGGACAUAUAAAUCUAUGGUUAGCAGGGGUAUCCGUCCAAAAGAUCGAUCAUUAAUUUUAUUAACUAGAGCAUUGAUUGUUCCUGACUCUAAAGCACAUGGAUAUGCGGUUACUUAUUCGUUGAUCGAUCAAAUUUUGAAUAACCGAAGUGAGGUGAAAGCUAGUACCAAUUAUGAUGGUCCAACCAAUAUUAAAUUCCCAAUGAGAUCGCUUUUACAAUUGCUCAAAGUGGUGGGCAAGAAAAUGAGCGCCACACAAACUCAAAGAAUCUUGGAUUCGUAUGGCAAAAAUCAUAACUCUCAAGCAUUGGGGCAUAAAUUCUCCGACUCGAUUAAUAUGAUGAGAAAUGCCAUGGUGGUAUACGGUGAGCAAAAAGAUUGGAAUAAUGUGUAUCUGAUGUUUGACACCAUGAUGCAGAUUUUGAAAGAAAAUAGAGCUGUUGAAGAAAAACCAGUGAAAGGAGAUAAAUUCGGGAAAACCACUACGAGAAUUCAACGUGAAUGGCGGUACUUUUUCAAUCCGGUUUUGAGUUAUAAAUUCAAACAAAUGGUUUAUGAUCGGCAAUUAGGGUCAUUACCAAAAUUAUUGAAGGAUAUGAAGCUUUGUGGAUUCAGAUUUGAACCGGGGAAUUUGAACAUUGCAGCAGUGACGCUUUGUUCAGAAAUUCAGUAUUUUGAAGAAGGAUUGAUGUUAGCGGAAAAAGAAUUGUAUCCUGGGUUCGACUAUAUUCAGAAGAUCAGGCCACUUCAGCAAGCAAAUAGAGCAAAGAAGAUUGCAUUACUCGGGGGAAGAAUUACAAGAAAACUCCGGAGUAAUUCCAAGAUUACCCAAUUCCCAGUUUACAAUGGUAAGAUAUAUUUGAAGAAGCAGUCGUUGGUAGGAAUUAGAGAAGGAUUGGUGAAGUAUGUUAAGUUCCGGGCAGCCAAGAAUGAAUAUACUGCGGAUGUUGUUAGGGAAUUACAGGAUAAAUGUCCUAAAAUGAUGUCUCUUUUGUUACAAUAUGCUGACGAUGCUAAUAUCCAAAACUCGAGAUUUAAGAAAUAG